AUGGAGGACACAAGAUUGAGUAAACAAAAUAAAACUCCGAGAAAGAAGGCCAUAAACCCCUCUCUUGAAAGGGCAGUGAGAGUGUUUGUUGAGAAUCAUCUUGAACCCUCAUUCUUGACUGACCAUGGUAUUGACUUGAACUCCUUGCUAUCUUCUGUUAGUAGAAGAUUCACCAUAUAUGAGCCACUUCUUCUGCUUCCCCCAAAUUUCUUUAGCAAAAACCUCCGAUGGGAAAGAUUCAUCUCCCUUUUAAGCAAUGUCCAACUUCAAAACUUAUACGCCUGCAUAGCGCAGAUAUUCGCACCGAUGGGUGUAACUCAUGUAGCAGUCAACGCUCCGAUUUCCCUUACUACAAAUAUUGGAACCGAGAACAAGGUCCGAGGUCCAACCAAUCUUACCCCUUUAUAUGGUGAUUUUGGCCCAAUAAUACCCCCUAAAACUCAACAUAUACACCCUUCGGAGCUAGACCUCCAGCAAGCGUUCUGGGUUAAGGCGGUGCAGAACUCCAGAAUAAUACAAAUCUGGGCACCGUUAUACACAAUGUUCAGCCGCGGAAACGUUGUGGAAAAGGCUCGAAUACUUGGACUAGAAUCAAAGUUUGAUGGCCUAAACGAACAGCAGCUUCAGCAGCCCCUCCAGGAAAUAUCCGUCAUUGAUUUGUACGCUGGCAUUGGCUAUUUCGUAUUUUCUUACUUGAAAAUGGGGGUCGCCAGAGUGUGGGCUUGGGAGCUUAAUGGCUGGUCUAUCGAAGGCCUACGUAGAGGGUGUGAAGCAAAUAAAUGGGGGAUAAAAAUACUGAAGGUGGACGGCGAAGGCAGAGUGGAUGGAAUUGGUGAUCUGAUUCACAAAUUGAAUGGUGAUAAUAUUCGGGUGAUCGCUUUUCACGGUGACAACUCAUUUGCAGUUAAUGUCAUGCAAGAUAUCAAAGCUAAGAUGGAGGCAAGGAAUAUAUGGAAGCGGAUCAGACACGCUAACCUUGGCCUCCUACCAAGUUCUAGAGGUACCUGGAGCGCCGCUACGGCUUUGAUAGAUCGGGAGAAGGGUGGAUGGGUCCAUGUACAUGAAAAUGUUAAUGUUCAUGAGAUACCCGAGACACGGUCCGCAAUAAUUGCGGAAUUCGAAAGAUUACAAUCAAACACAGGAUCUCUUGACGAUUAUACCAUAAGUGGUGUUGAGUGUAAUCAUGUGGAGGAGGUGAAGACCUAUGCGCCAGGAGUGAUGCAUUGUGUUUUUGAUAUACAUAUCCAACCUAUUCACAUAUAUAAAACAAGAAUGCGAAAUGAGAACAGUUAG